AUGAAUUUUUUUAUCAUAUCAACUCUUGCAUUAAUUUCUUAUCUAACAUUGGAUAUAAUCUUUGACAAUUAUUUGUGGACUAGAAACAUUGAUUUCACAAUAUUCCUACAGAAUAACACAUUCCCAGGAGAAGAAUUAAUGUUUUAGUUUUUCUCCUAUGUUAUUCAGCUACCAAUUAUAUUGGGAGGAUUAUAGUUCAUGUUGUCUAGCAAAAAGGUAGAAUCUAUUUUAUACAUCUUUUUAUGUGUAUUCGGAUUUACAAGUAAUGGUCUAUUGAAAAAUGCUUACCAUUAACCUCGACCAUAUUGGGUUGAAGAUGAAAUCAUUGGGAUUGGAUGCAAUAUGGAAUUCGGUAAACCAUCUGGUCAUGCUUAAACUGCAGUCAUCAUAUAUUUCUCAUACCUAUUCAUUUUUUAUCCAUUCACUUUCAGAUUGAAUAAUUUCCAAGUUUUAGACAGCGAGGACAGGAAUGCUGAAGAAGAGCCGUAAUUGAGCAACCGAUUAGUAAUAAUACUAAAGGUUUUCGCCUUUUUAUGCAUAAUUAUGACUGGACUAUCAAGAGUAUUCCUGGGAGUACAUUCUAUUGGGUAAGUCGCCUUGGGAUGGAUGUUUGGAGUUUAUAUUGUUUUUAACUAUCAGAUUUAUUGUCAUCAAUUCUUAUUGCACUACAUUAAAAAUCAAUUGUAAAUAAAAUUUGACGAUGAUGUUAAAUUUUAAAGAAUAUCAGUUACUAUCAGUGCCAUUUUUAUUCUUAUCAUUGCGAUUGAUGUCACCUUACUUGAGUUGAAUCUCAAAUUGUUUAAUCAAAACGAAAAAGAAGUUGACAAAUGGCUACUCAAAAUCACUCAAUGUAAACAAGCAGAAGUAGGUUAUUUUACCAAAGAUCAUACAAAUGUAUUAUACAAUGCUUGUUUCUUACAUGGGACAUUGUUCUCAUUUAUAUUUUCAUUCAUCUUAGGAUGCUUCUUUAGUUAGGGGAGCUUUAAUUCAAUAGAGUACUACAAUUAAAUGGAAUAAAAAACUGUAAAUUUUAAGAUAUGUAGACUGCUCUUCUUUAUGCCUAUGCUGCUACCUUUACCUUUAUUGUUAAUCUAAACAUACAACGUUUAUUUAACAGCCUUUCUUAUAGUACUAUUUCACAUAAUCUAGUUUAUCCCAGUCAUUUGUAUUGAAUCUUGGUACAUUACUAUAAUGUAUCCAAUUCUAUUGAAAAAAUGCGGAUAUCAAGUCAAGGGAGAAUUUUUGGAAUAAAACUUAGGUUUUUAUGAGUAAUUAUCUUAAAGUUGA